CCGGAUGUUGAUUAGUGAUGUCUGGACACACCACGCUGCUUCUGCCGUAAGGAUGGACUCCUUCGAGUUGUUUCGGAAACUCGGAGCAGGAGCUAAAUUUGACCUGAAGAGGUUUGGUCAGGACGCCGCCAGGUUUAAGGUCGUUAGAUCUGGAGGGGAAGCUUCCAUUGAUCCUCUCUCUGCGAUCGACUUUUUUGGCUCAGGAACAGCUAACAGAGCGGAGAGCAGCUCAACAGGACCAGAGGAUGAGCAGGAUUUGGAGGACAGUGAUGGAGAGGGACAGGAAGGAGAAAGUGUAGGAGGCAAAAGGAAGCUAAGAGAUGCAGACAGAGACGUCAGGACGAAAAAGAAGAAGAAGAAGAAGAAGAAGAAAAGCAACCAGCUGGAGGAGGAAGCUGUUGACAGACCGAUGACAAACACAGAAGGAAACGGCAUCACCUGGACCUCCUCUCUGGACAGAAAGAUCAAAAACCUGCCUGGUGAUGGGAAAGAGAAAUCUGCACUGAAAAGGCUGAAACAUCUUCAUCAGGAAAAGGUGAAUCGUAUCCGCUCUCAGCACCGUAUAAACGUCCAUGGCUGUGAUGUGCCCGAUCCCGUGUGCACGUUUGAGGAGCUGCAGUCUGAGUAUCGUCUGAGCCCACGAGUCCUUCAGAACCUCCGAGAUGCAGGGCUUAACUCUCCAACCCCCAUACAGAUGCAGGCGAUACCGCUCAUGAUGCAUGGUCGGGAGGUCCUGGCCUGCGCUCCCACAGGAUCAGGAAAGACUUUAGCUUUCUGUCUCCCGCUGCUCGCUCACCUGCAGCAGCCAGAAAACCUGGGCUUCAGAGCUGUGGUCAUCUCCCCGACCAGAGAGCUGGCCAGUCAGACUUACAGAGAGCUGCUCCGCCUGUCAGAGGGUGUUGGAUUUAGAGUUCACAUCAUAGACAAAGCCUCUCUGGCAGCCAAGAAGUACGGACCCCAGUCAAACAAGAAAUAUGAUAUCCUUGUCAGCACUCCAAACAGACUCGUCUUUCUUCUCAAUCAUGAUCCUCCAGCGCUCGACCUCAGCAGGGUGGAAUGGCUGGUUGUCGAUGAGUCUGAUAAGCUGUUUGAAGAUGGUAAGACGGGCUUCAGGGAGCAGCUUGCCUCCAUUUUUCUGGCAUGUUCUGGUCCAAAGGUGCGCAGGGCUUUCUUCAGUGCCACCUGCACGACUGAUGUGGAGCAGUGGUGCCGCCUGAACCUCGACAACCUGGUGUCUGUCAACAUCGGACACAGGAACACUGCAGUAGAGACGGUGGAACAGGAGCUCCUGUUUGUCGGGACGGAGAAUGGCAAACUUGUGGCCAUUAGGGACAUUAUCAAGAAGGGUUUCUUGCCUCCCAUGCUGGUGUUCGUUCAGUCUAUAGAGCGAGCGCGGGAGCUUUUCCAUGAGCUUGUGUAUGAAGGCAUCAAUGUGGAUGUGAUCCAUGCAGACCGCACACAGCAGCAGAGGGACAACGUGGUGAACAGUUUCCGCUCUGGUAAGAUCUGGGUGUUGAUCUGCACCGCUCUGCUCGCCAGAGGAAUCGACUUUAAAGGGGUGAACAUCGUGUUGAACUAUGACUUUCCCACCAGCGCUGUAGAGUACAUCCAUCGAAUUGGCAGGACUGGUAGAGCUGGACACCAGGGGAAGGCCAUCACCUUUUUUACAGAAAAUGACAAGCCACUGCUGCGCAGCAUCGCUAAUGUCAUAAAACAAGCUGGCUGUCCUGUUCCUGACUACAUGAUCGGUUUCAAGAAGAUACACAGCAAAGUAAAGCGGAGACUUGAGAAGAAACCCCCCAAGAGGAGCACCAUCUGCACAACUCCUCGCUUCUUAAUGAAGAGAAAAGGUAAAGCAGCGAAUAAACGACACACAGGAGAGAAGCAGAUGGGAGGCGGAGAGCAGAAAGGAGAGAGUGCAGCAGUGCAACGGCAGAAAAAGGAAAAGAAGACCAAAGAACAGAAGCUGAAGAAACAAAAUAAAACACAUAGAGAAGCAGGGACAGAAAAACAGAACAAAGCAUCUCAGAAGAAAUCGAAAUUAUCUGGAGCUAAAUUAAAAAAGAAAAGGGACAAAGAGUAAAGAAAGAGGAGCUUUGGACAAGAAGAUGAUCUAAAGAUAGAUGUUGAUGUCUUUUUAUUUCUUUUUUACAUCUUGCAUUUUCAUUAAAUGCUUAUUUGUACAAUCCAAGUAUAAAAUAAACACUUUAAUCUCCA